AGUCUCUAAACCCCUAAAAUCUAUUUCAGUCUCUCUUCUUCCUCCAGCUGCUGGCUAAAAUUAAUUAAUUGCUCAAUUUGUCACCAACGUUCCUCUUUCAGCCGUUCUCUGAAAGCUUCAAUCUCGGUUUACCGAUUCAGGUUUCUCACUCCGGUCCAGCAUAUCAAUGGCGACAAUUCAAUCAUCAUCAAAGAAGCGAAAGAGCAAAGGACUAGGAGAAAACAAUAAAAGGAAAAAGAAGCAUCAGGAUCUUUCUGAUGUUAGAGUACUCGGUCAGCAGCUGCUCUCAUCCCGAGCUCAUAUCAAUAACAUACCUCUGUUACUCAAUUUUCUCGAUCCAACGUCAUCCCAUCCUCCUGAAAUAAUCCUUGAGUCCCUUCUCUCACUGCAGUCCUUCUUCACUCCACUCCUUCCGCGACUCCCUUCUUCUUCUGCUAAACCUACAGAAGAUCCUGAAUCCAUUUACCAGACAUGGGUUCGUUCUAAAUUUGAUGAGUUUGCUCAGAUCCUGAUUCAGCUAUCACUUUCUUCAACGCUUCCUGAAGAAGCUCUCAGACAAGUGGCGAUGGAUGCUCUGAUGGAGUGCGUCAAGGUUGGAAAUGCGGGCAAAUUUCAUACUUCUAUAUACCAUAAGCUCAUCAAGAGCGUGGUUUAUUCUAUUGAGGCCGACACUUUGUUAAGUUUGCUUGUGUCAAAAUAUUUCAAUUUCAUUGAUAUCCGGUAUUUUACAUACAUAAGCUUGGAUAAGAUAAUUCGGACACUCGAUGUCAAAAAAGACUCUGAUGUCAGAUCUGAAAGUGCCGAUUCUGAAAAGCAGAGUCCGCCAAAAGCCAGUGGGGAGUUAUUAAUUCGCAAUGUACAUCGUUUAAUAUCUAAGAUUCCUUGCCUUGAGCAAGCUGGUGAAACCUCUGAGUUUGAAAUGUGGAAUGCAUCAGGGGUUUUCACCAAAAAAGGUAAAGCAGAGUCCAAGAAAUUGAUAGAAGACAAACAUGGCAAGGUGAAGAAGUCUAGUAAUGACGCUCCAUCUUCAGCUACUAUUUCCAAAAAAAUGAAGAGGAAGUUCUCUAAAGCAUGGAUGUCAUUCCUUACGUUAGCACUUCCUAUUGAUGUGUACAAGGAGGUUCUUGUUACCCUUCAUCAGGUGGUCAUCCCUUAUUUGUCUGAACCGAAGUUGUUAUGUGACUUUUUGACAAAGUCUUAUGACAUUGGAGGCGUUAUAAGUGUUAUGGCUCUUAGCAGUCUGUUCAUUCUUAUGACAGAGCAUGGUAUAGAGUAUCCCAAGCUUUAUGAGAAGCUUUAUGCACUUCUUGAACCUUCUAUAUUCAUUGCAAAACAUAGAGCCAAGUUCUUCCAGCUUCUUGAUUCGUGCCUGAAAUCACCACUUCUUCCGGCUUAUCUGGCUGCUUCAUUUGCUAAGAAACUAAGUAGGCUAGCUCUAACAGUCCCUCCUUCUGGGAGUCUUGUUAUUAUUGCUCUAAUUCAUAAUCUUUUGCGAAGACAUCCUUCAAUCAACUGUUUAGUGCACCAGGACGACAAUGCUGAAUCGGCCAAGGAUGAGGCCAACAUCAAAUUAGGCAUCGAUCAGUUUAACAAUGAGGAAACCGAUCUUCUGAAAACUAAUGCCAUUAGGAGUUCUCUGUGGGAAAUUGAUACCCUGCGCCAUCACUACUGCCCUCCAGUGUCUAGGUUUGUUUUGUCACUGGAAAAUGAUUUGACAGUCAGAUCCAAGACGAUGGAAGUAGCCGUAAAAGAUUUCAGUUCUGGUUCAUAUGCAACAAUAUUCAGAGAGGAGAUCCGACGGAGAGUUAAACAAGUUCCAUUGGCUUUCUACAAGGCCGUACCUACUUCAUUAUUUUCAGACGGUGAUUUUGGCGGCUGGUCUUUCCAAACAGACUGAUAACAAAAGAAGCAGUGAAUAAACCACCUUUUCUGCAUAAGACAAUGACAAGAGACCACACUCGCUCCUCCAUGAUUUUUUUAUAAUCAAGUGCUCUUUUGUUCCUAGUGAUUGCUGGUCUGAUGAGGAAAUGAGGAUGGUUGGCCGAGCAAAGAGGACCUGGCGUGCAGAAAAAUUGUUUACAUGUGUACCAACUCUACAUUUCAAUUGUUUAGAAGAGUUUUUUUUGCCAAUAUCAUACUUUCAUGUAUCUUUCGCUAAACGGAAAUUAAAUAUGUGUGUGUGUAUAUAUAUAUAUAUAUAUAUGCUGUUGUUUCCCUUUCUGAGGAUAUGUGACUGUAUAAAUUGGUGCUUGAUUUAUGUUAUCAUAAAUUUGAUUGGA